UUUCUUUUCUUUUAACUUUUUUUUUUCAAUGGAGGUGUUUUUUAUGACAAAAGUAUGUGAAAAUGUGCGCUAGAAGCGCAAAUAAUUUGAGCUAAGCUGAGGGAGUGCCAAGAGCCGCCCUUGGGCUCUAGAUCUCCGCCACCAUCGCGAAGCUUUGAGAUGGGGUCGCGAGUGGGUGCGCAGUGAAUGACGUUACUAUAGCGAAAUUCAUUUUGGAAGCGUUGUCAUGGCAUCGACGCAAGCGAUCUUGGACGCGGCGGUAUGGAAUCCCGGGCACAGCAUGGAACGCAAGGCAAUGCCAAGCCAGGAAGAAAAUCAACGCCUGUUGUGCUGGGUUUUUGUUGUUGUGAUGGUGGUGGUGUUGGCUGCUAGCAUCUUACACUCGCUGCCUACCCUCGAAGUUGCGACCUCUACGUUCUCGCCAACUUUGUGUUACACUGCUACUGGAUGAUCGUUCCUUGCACUGGGGCUUGAAAGGUGCUCCAUGUUCUGCUGCCAGUUCCCGGGGUACGUUUGGUUCGGCGGGACUGGCACCGGGUUGACGCCAUGACUCGUGACGGUGCUGGCUGUUGAACUUGUCUUGUUACUGCAAUUGCGGGGCAGCCUCUUGUCCACUGACCCAGCAAUUCCUCCCCCCCAAACCCUUCGCUGAUCUCCUCGCCGAAUCGCAGACCCUCAGGCUGCGGAGGUUCUGGAGCUGGCUAUAUCUGGGGUGUCUCAAAUUCCUGGCACCUCCUCCCUAGUUGAAUGUUUGGGACAUGUUUCUGUUUUUGUUGUAUAUUUUUAUGAAUGCCAUUCUGGCGCCGGAUGGAACAUAACACGGAGUGCGCCAAUGGGCCACUCUUCCUCCCGACUUCUGCCAGACGGCACGCGUUCAGCUCGCCACCUUGCCACGGCUACAUUCUCCGACUCCAUUUUGGGUGAACGUUUCAACUGCACACAGCGCAUUGGUUACUGUGCCGAAGCGACUGCACCGCUCCUUUGUGAAUUGGAAUGAUUUCUCGAGUCGCGGAAGGUUGUGUUUCUAGAAUCUAUCCUGCGCUGCCCUACAAGGGACCUAAUGAUUGAUUUUUGCUCCAUGGCAACGGGCAUUCUGUACGCCGGAAUCAUUCUAUUGUGCGAUUCGCAGAUAAGCGCACGAACAGGGAUAAGAAAUGCUUCUUCGGGAAGCCAAUGUUUUAUCCUCGUAUGGGCUAUUCCCUGCAGGCAUUUACUCGUACACUGAUAGUGCAGAGUAAAGGAUGCACUGGAUUAGAUAACAGAUAUACCCAAAGCAGAUGGUUUCGAACCUCGCCAGGGUUGACCCAGCCAGAUGGAACCCUAGCAGCUCGUUCAUAUUUGCUAGUUGUCUGAUCUUAACUUCCGAGUUAGGCGGGUGGUGUAAUUACUGCAUCAUGUAUACCGAUCUAGAUCAGUAUUCAGAAGUAAAUUUCAACCAUCUACGUAAGUGACAACUCAUCUAAUCAAGACUGCCUUAUUCCCUCAGAUUAGAGGAACAUCAAGGCCUGCCCAGUGCGGGGACAGAUUCUCGUGUUGGUUGAGACUCGUGAUCAGAAUAACUAUGAAGUGUACCCCGAUGUCGGGUAUGAAGAUUGAUUAUUUAAAACAUCACGUAUGCCAAGUUUAAGUUGUGAGAAUGGUAUCAGAAGAGCAUCCAGGCUAUCGCGGCAGUCUUCAAUCUCGAUUUCUCUAAUAUCUUAAUUUUGAAAUGCGAGGUUCAUCGCUACCGUAAUAUCGGGUUCACUUCGGCUAUCCACAAAGAGGACGGUGGGUGAUGUGCUAACCAAGCAGGGCUCGAGAAGCACGUCACCAAACGAGAUCUGCUUUGUGAAUUUCAUGAGAGUGCCGUACUCAGACUCCGUGGAAAAUGUGCAUACAGAAGGAUGUCUGUUGAAUCUCCAUGAUAUUGGAAUUAAACUGACUUGAAAAAUGCACCGCCAGGGAAACGGCGAAUUUCUCCAUCCCUAGCCCAAUCCGUGUCAGAGAAGCCUCGAGAUUCUAAACGUGUUCUUGGGGAGAAGGCCGCAUUUCCGGAAGAUGACUAAUGCCUGCAUGAAGAUCAAGGUUACACUGUUCCAUUCCUCGUCCACAAAGAAUGAUACAGGGAAAACUUCACAAUUGAGUGAACAGACGGAAGGGUGCUCAGAAGUGUUCCAUUCCCAGUUACUUCUAGACGUCGGCGUCGUCCCUCAAUGCGAAGUGCACUAGUAGUUGGCGAAUCAACCAAGUCUGCUGGCGUGAAGUUGUUGCCGAGUGCAUCGAGGUCAUCGACGCAAAGAACCAAGGGCACCCACUGACCACUACCCGACCAUGUGUGAAGGCUGAAGUUAUUUCUCUGAGCCAAUGCUCAAAACCUAAAAAACCCGUCGACCUAGGCACUAGCUUCGAGCCACAAAAGCCUUUCCAAAGAUGCAGUGACGAAAGGAAAGUAAAAAAUAUGGAAAAAUCUGAAAGUGGAGGAAAAAGUGGCAUCGCAACUUUCGGUGGUCUGCAUUGAGCUAUUAAUGGAGUUUUGUAGUCACGAUGAAACUAUGCUGGCAUUCAUAGCAGAUCUUAUGGGUAAAAAUGCAUCAGGGAUACUUGACACUUUGAUGAACACAAAGCAUUUCUUACCGAAGCCUGUUAGCGCAUCUUUGCACGAGUUAUUAUACAAGAUUCUUGGAAACAGCAAUUUUAAACUGUCAUUUGCGAAAGUUUUCGUUUCUCACUAUCCUAAAUUUUUUGAGGAUUCUGCUGCAGCAGAAAGUGCAGCAAUUGGAAUCACGUCAGCGAACAAGUAUAGCGAACAUGCCAUUCUUAAUAGCUUUUCUGUACAGAUUUUUACAAUUCCAACACUUACACCGAAACUGGUCAUUGAGUCCAGACUUCUAGAGAUGCUGCUUGGCACUUUGAAAGAGUUCUUCCUUGCUUGUGCGGGAGAGGAUGGUCGACUUUUGGGAAGUAAGGGUCUGUUGGUCAAACGCAUGUACUAUCGAAUUCUAGAGGACAUAAGAUAUGUGAUGAAUCAUUUCGAGGCGGCAAAGUAUGUAGCGGAAAGGAAAUCUGAACUCUCGAGAGCGUGGCUUCACUUGCUUGCCUUUGUUCAAGGCAUGUACCCGCAGCGGCGCAUGACAGGAAUUCACGUAGAAGAAGACAAUGAAGUGUGGAGUUCCGUUUAUUCCUUGGAGAACCAAAUGGCUUCCAUCCAUUCUCUAUUUGUUGCAGGAGCAGCUUCUAAUGCAUCCUUAGAGGAGACAUAUUUGUCUACACCUUGUGGUAGCUUUGGAUUAGCGAAGGAGGCUCUGGGUAACAGAGAGUUUCAGCAGGCCUGUCAAAAUUGGAUGUGUAUUGAGAGAGUCCAACGAGACAAAUGGUGCUAGCGGCUGUGGUCCCUCUGAAGCAGUCGUGGAAAUGCGUGAUGUCACUGUUACAGUUGAUUCUGUUGAGGGUAUCCAUAGUGAGAUUGUACUACAUUCAGUUAAGAAAAAGGAUGUUGGGUAUGUCUCUCUGCACGGAUGACAAUGCCAGCUUCGAUGGUGUGGCUCAUCUCUGAAUGCACUCAAGUUCUUGACACCUGGUUUGGUUUAGAUGCUGCGAGAGAGGUCGCAAAAUCAGGGCAGUCUGGUCGUGAAGCCAAGAGUCGGAACAACGGAACUAUCACUCUUACCAGCAGAAGUGCUCAUCGGCGCUGGUUCAGUUGGACCAGCGUUGUUCGUAGAUAGACGUUCUUGCAGUGGGUCUCUCAUCACAAAAAACUUGAAAAAUUGCUUUAGAUUGCAGCGUCCAGAUGGCGGAAGAGUUUUUAGCCAUCGGCGGAGAUAUGUAUCAGUGGUGGUGACAUUUACGCCUAACAUAUCUCCGGAGUGGGUCUUCCCACCACUGCAAAAUCACAAGUUUUUUAGUAGUUGUUGUUGAACUAAGUCGAGAUAAUUUCAUUGAUCACUGGUCAAAUUAAGUACAUGUAAGAAUCAUGAGUCAUUCUUAUGAUAUGUCGUUUACUAGACUCAAAGGGUCAAGCGGCACUAUCCUUUGUUUGAGAAUUACUCACCCGCAAACUUUGGUGAUAAACGGUUAUUUACUCUGCUAUAA